GCCCUGAACCACCGAGACAGGUUUAUCCAUCAGGGUUUCUGUGUUCCAUUUUUGAUCCCAGUGCUGAUAGCCUCCUUCCAGGAGGAUUUUAGAGCUGCCAGCAGCUCUGUCCUUGCUUUUUUCCCCCUCCUCUCCCAGGUGCCACUACCAGCCUGACAGCAGGGACAAGUGUGGAGUCACUCCCUUUAUGGACGCAAUCCAGAACGGGCACCUCGACAUCGCCCGGAUGCUCCUGGAGAAACACCAGGCGUGUCCCACAGCCAUGGAUGCCCUGGGAGCUCAGGCUCUGCACAGGGCAGCUGUGACAGCCCAGGAUGGCUCCAUCCAGUUCCUGGUGUCCGAGCUGGGGGUGGAUGUCAAUGAAAGAGCCACGUCCCUGCGGAUCCCAGCCCUGCACUACGCGGCCAAGGAAGGACACGGACACACCAUCCAGACCCUGCUGGCCCUCGGCGCCGACAUCCAGGCCAAGGACGGGAAGGGCCGUUCCGCCCUGCACGCCGCCGUGGCGGGGCAGCGGGCGGGGGCCGCGCGGCUCCUGCUGCGCGCCGGGCUCCGGGACGGCGCCGACGGCUCGGGAACGCUGGCUCGGCAGCUCGCCAGGAAGCCACAGGUCAUCCAGGCAUUCCAGGAGUCCCAGGGCACCACGUGAGACACGAGGAACCAGAGCAGCCCCCGUGGGAGUUCCACGCGGUGCGUCUGGUCACGGAACGAGG